AACAUUUGAUUGACGGUCACAGCCCCUUCUGCACUUGCUUCCGAAGACAAGUUAGUUCAAAAGGCCGUGACAAGUUAUUGCUUCUCAGUAGUUACUCAGGGCUGAACGAUGGUUACAAAAAAGGCGAAAAAUCCCGCUGCCGGCUUGGCUGCAGCUGUUAUUCUGACGUGUUUUUUGGUGCAAACGACAGACUCUCUUCGACUGAGGAAAACUCAGAGGCGACUCUCACACAGAGGAACUAAUGUUGCUCCCUCAGCUGAAGUCCAAGAAGGAAUAAUUGUGUUCGGGAACGUUUUUGAGGUCCCAGACGAAAAUAAAAAACUGUCUACUUCAGUGGAUGAUGAAACGGAUUAUCAGGCAGACUUUGCAGGCUGGUCCCAGCAGGUGGGCAUUGAUGAGGCCUCCAAGGAUAAAUGGAAUCGCUUAGGAACCUCUCUGCAUUGUUUUGGUGACCACAUGAAGUUCAGAUUACUCAGUCCAGGGGCUUCACAGCUUGCAGUGGAGCAAGCACAUGAACCCCCAAUACCUCUGUCCAUGGUCCCUCCAACAUGUGGCUACAGAAUGCAUGGAAACUCGAAGGCAUUUGUUAUGAUGGCUCCAUAUGAUGGCUGCAACAUGAUUCAGCAGAGUGGAAAUUACAUGCUACCACUACUCUGGCAAGGCCGUCCCCUGUCCCUGCUGUGUCCCAAACAUGUAAGAACUACUGCUCCACAAUUGCCGCCGGUGCCCCAGGUUCUGCCGGUGCCCCACAAACCUUACUUGGACUUUUAUUCUCAUCUCUUACAUGCACCUGCUGAACCUGCAAAACCUGUAUCGCAGUUUCCAAAAUUUCCCUUGUAUCCAUACCCACCAUACCCUUACCCACCUCAAACAACUGCCCCACCACCUGCCACUUCACUACUAAAAGUCCCAAAUCCCCAUGUUCCUCAUGUCCCAUAUUUCCCCUUACCAUACUGGCCUCUAUUUCCAGAACUCCCGCCCUUCUUGCCUUAUCCUAUUGAAAACUAUCCAGAGUAUCCAACUUCAGGACCAAAGAUGACAUCGAUUCCUUAUUCAACUGCAGCAUCUCCUGCUACUACCCAGGCUCCUCCUGAUACUCCUAUACCAUUGUAUCCUAUGGACUACAUGCCUCUUGUUCCAAAUGACAUUUGGCCACAGAUGUUUUACUCUCAAGGCUAGUCUGAAUCUGUUGGAAUAAAUAUUUGAAAACA